GUCUUGUCCACAUUUGGGAAUGCAAGCAUCUUUUUUACCAGCCACAAAGAGGCAGAUCAAGAUGCAGAAAAGAAACAUUUGCCUUAUGUACUGGUUACUGUUGCAUCUCCUACUUUUACAAUAUGGCAUAACCUCCAUUAAUGGUAGCACACCUAACCCAACUUCCAGUGAACCCACCACAGCCAACACUGGAUCCAGUGCAACCUCCGGUGGGACUAGGACAGCCUCCAACACUACAUCCAGCAUGACCUAUGGUAGUACCAGCACAGCCACCAACUCUGGAGGCCAAGUGACCUCCAGGGGAUCCAGCACAACCUCCAAUACUAAAACCUACAUGACGUCUGGAGGGACCAGCGCAACCUCCAAUACUGGAUCCAGCGUGACCUCUGGAGGGACCAGCACACCUGCCAAUAUUGGUUCCAGCACAACCUCCAGUGGGACCAGCAUAACCUCCAGUACUGGAUCCAGCACAACCUCCAGUGGGACCAGCAUAACCUCCAGUACUGGAUCCAGCACAACCUCCAGUGGGACCAGCAUAACCUCCAGUACUGGAUCCAGCACAACCUCCAGUGGGACCAGCAUAACCUCCAGUACUGGAUCCAGCACAACCUCCAGUGGGACCAGCAUAACUUCCAGUACUGGAUCCAGCACAACCUCCAAUGGGACCAGCACGGCCUCCAACACUGGAUCCAGUGCAACCACAGGAGGCUCUAGUACACCUUUGUCAACUGGAACACACACAACUUCCAACAAAAUUAGCACAAGUGCUGGAACUCCAGUGAGUACAGUGAAGCCCAGUGGGUUCCUGAAGCCAUGGGAAAUCUUCCUCAUCACUCUGGUCUCGGUUGUAGUGGCUGUGGGAUUCUUUGUUGGCCUCUACUUCUGUGUGAGAAACUCCCUGUCCCUGAGAAAUUUCUUUGACACAUCUGUUUACUGACUCCAUGGCCCCAACCUUGGCCCAGGCCCUGGAGGGAAUCACGGAGUCCACCACCGGUCUAGGUGGAGCCCUAACAGAUUCUUGAGGAGACCAGUAUCCUCAGUAGCCAUGGAGAUGAGAGAGAGCCACAAUGGGCUCUAAGUGCCUGCUGAAGCCAGAGAAGCACAUUCCUCACAGAGGAAGCCAGCCUGGGGAACCAGAGAUCUGAGUAUCCUUUCAUUCCGUCCCCAGGAAUCCCCUCCCAGCUUUGUUUGGGUCUCUGCCAGCCUUGGGGAAGACACUUCCUCCCUCUCUCUUGCUUUUACCAGACACUGGAAAGAGGAGACUCUGAUGGUCAUUUAGCUAAGAAAUAAACAUAUACAAACUAUAUCACAGAGAGAAUCUGUGUGUGCACACGAGUGGGCGUCU